AUGUCAAAAGCCCCUCAGAUGCCUUCAGAGGUGAAUAUCCUCAAGACCAAAGCGGCAAAUAAGAAAGGACCUGGAUCAUUGGAUGUGGAGACGGUGUGGCCCAAACCGGAAUUUGGUCCAAGUACGACGAUAGACAAUAUAACUAAAGAAGGUAAAACAGUAACCGAAUUUAUCGUUCCUGCUGGAUCGAUGUUCUCCUUAGGUGCUGCUUUACCAAACCAUACUGUGUUGAAGUGGGGCGCAUAUUUUCCUCCUGGUACAAUGUUUCCCGACGGCGUGUUAGUACCCAUACACGCAAGGAUGGUCUCUGUCCAGCCUCUUAAGACGGUCGUUCCUCCUACCGCACCCUCAGAGCCGGUGUGUAUCAUCAUGUAG